CCCGACGACACACACGCCCAUGGAUUCGCUUCUCCUUAUCAACGAAGCCUUAUCAUGCCGUUCUCUUGUCUGUCAGGUCGUCGCCGCCGCCGUCCGGUAAGCUACCCCGCCCGUGACUCUGGACAGCUCGUGUCUGAUUCGCGGGGAAGUGUUCCGCCAUUGCAACACGUGUGGAUGACAUCAAAGCCCAGAACACGAUUUGCCCGCGAAGCAAAACAACCUGUCACAGUAGACGGACAUUUCACUUGUUUGCUUCACUUGCCUGCCGUGAUUCAAGCUGCACCCCAGAGCCAAGAUCCGGCCCGAAUGGAGCGGAUUCACAGCUAUGCAUCUUGGCCCUCUGGCUUACUGGUGACCAACAAUCGUGCGUCGCAUUACAUAUAGUACGGGUGGCCACGAAUGUCGCCUCCGUCCAAACAAAAACCGCACCUACAACCAUCCGCAAACUUGCUUUACUUGCGCGCUCUAGCCAUCGAUCGACAUGGAUCACAACGACACAUCUGAGAGCAGGGAGCAGAGGCUCAAACAGUUUUUCGACUACUUCAACACGCAGCUGAAAGUUCUGAACAAGGAUUUGGAAGAGCUGUCUGCGCUAGACACGAGCAGUUUGCAGCGCCGGGAAGGCAUCGACAAUCUCGCAAGGGAGAUUCAGCGGGUCCAGGAAGAGGUACAAGAUGCGUCCUCGUACACGCCGGACUAUGACCAGGCCCGUUACGCCCAGGAGAUUCGCGCCUUUCGGGAGAAAUUGCAGGCCGCCAGAGCCGCAGCAGCGUCCAGGUCCAAAUUCGCCUUCAAAUCAGGUCGCAAGAUCGCACCGCCAGCGGCAGCGACGGCAGCCGCAGCGGCAGAGCCGUCGGCGUCGACGUCCACCUCGUCAGGCGCCGUGGACGACAGCACGGAUUCCACUCCCACGCCAACACCGACGCCGGGACUGAAGAACGGCAGCGCCGUAGACGAUCGCGACGACCUGUCGUACAUGCACAUCAUCACGCCGCCGACGCGCAACAACGAGUUCGAGGCCAUCAAGCACAGCGUCAUCAACCUGCGCCAUCCCAGCGUGCCGGGCAGCGUGCCCACGUUCGCCGACCUGCACCUGCGGCACAUCAAGACGUCGCUCAUCAUCACGGGCGUCCAGACGGGCGCAACCCACGUCACCAACGUCAAGAACUCCGUCCUCGUCGUUGACACCCACCAGUUCCGCAUGCACGACAGCAAGGACGUCGACGUCUACCUCGCCUGCGCGACCCGGCCCAUCAUCGAGCGCUGCACCCGCAUCCGCUUCGCGCCCCUGCCCAACCUCUACGCGCAACGUCCCGCCGCCGAGCCCCCCAGGCCAAACCUGUGGGACCAGGUCGACGACUUCAACUGGCUCAAGGCCUCGCGCAGCCCCAACUGGACCGUGCUGCCGGAGACCGAGCGCGUCACCGAGGACACCUGGCGCGACGUCGUGCCGGGCACAGAGAAGAUUGGCUUGACGGACAUACUCAUCGCUGUCGGCGUCAAGGACGCCGAGAAGGGCCGCAGUCGCCGGGGCAGCGAAACCGCUGGUGGCGACGGCUUCUAAACUCUUCUUAUUCUUCCUUUUUUUUUCUGUUCAUCCCCUCUCCCUUACUUUCUUGCGGGGAAAAAAAAGGGGGGGGGGGGUCGGGG